GUCAACCAUGAAUUCCGUUAUCUCUGCAUUUAAACCAAAAAAGAACUCCAGCCAAAAUGUAUCGUUGGCCUCACAGAACGGUGUGAGCGGAGCCAAUGAUGGCAACAAACACAACAAUCUGAGCAUGAUCACCAGCACGUUAAGUACCUCGUCAUCAAAGAAGAAGGCCGCCAUCAAUGCCCAGGACAACAGCUAUCAAUACCUGAGGCAUAUUCGUGAAAUCGAUACGGCAACGAAGCUGUUGUCGCCCGUCGUAAUGCCAGAUGAUUUGCUCGAAACGGAUAUGCUGAACUUCCGCCCAGCCUCUGUUACACCCAUUCCGGUGACACCAGCAGCUGGUGUGGAUGUUGUGGAUCAUGUUCCUUUGCAAACGGUUCGACUAACUCCUCCCUUGGACACGGGCAACACAGCCGACUGCAAUAUGAACAGUGGCAAAAUGUUAUCCUCCAUCAUAUGCCCUGCGUCGUUGGAAAAUGGCAAUGAAUCAUCGUCGGAGGAGCAUUGUGCCAGCCCCGGCAACGGUCAGCACAGUAUGGCCAAUAGUCCAACGCAGCAUUUGAUGGAUGGGGAAGAUGAUGAGUCGGAACAUUCAACAGCUAAUUGUACAAGCACAACCAGCAGCAGUAGUUCCAGCGAUCAGAGCAACAGCACUGUGGUGCACAGUCCUAUUGCACCCACGGCGGCUGCUGCUGCUUCCGCCUCCUCAUCUUCCACACAGCAGCAUGUGUCGCCAGCACAUCCAAGCCCCGCCAAAAGUCUGAACUUGAGUCUGAGUAGUAGUACGUCGCAAUCACUUUCAUCAUCCAUUUCGGUAUCUUCCAUUUCCACCAAUUCAUUGGCACUCUUAAAUUCCGGUCCAAGUUCGUGUUCAUCAUCUGCCACCGGCGGCGAUAUAUCUUCCAGCAACGAUUAUUCCCAGCCGCCAUCACCGACAAUGGUCACGAGGAAUUCGUCGGCCAGUUCGGAAUAUGUACCCGCAUUUCUUAAAUCCAGCAACGUAACAUUGCCCAUUAUAAUGCCGAACAGUAGCAGUAGUCUGGCCUCCUUGCCUCCGAAUCAACAGACGCCUGCCAAUUCGGCGACAACAACACCGAAACAUACGCGUUAUUCAAAGCCCCGCCUAAGUUUGAGUCGUUUUAUAAAUCAUUCGAUGCCAUCGGUUCAUGGACGGCCGAAUUUGAGUAUACCCGGCAGUGCGGCAGGUGGUCAGAAUGGUGCCGCCGGAGCUAACGGUGCAAAUCCGCCAAAAAGGGCCUCAACACAUCAACGAAAUUUAAGUUUGGAUUUUAGAUCUAUGGGAAUAUUGUUACCACCAGUUUCUCAAGUUACAAAUACCCGCAUAAAUUUGACCCAACAUCAUCGUAAUCGCAGCUUGGAUAGUGCUUUGCAAAGGAUACCCGAGGUUGAAGUCUCUUCGCCCAAUGCUGAAAGUGAGAAUACUUUUUGCACACCAUCCAUACUGGGGUCAACAAUGUGCUCGAAAAUUGUAACGACAGCAGCAAACGUAACAGCGGCGCUGACAACAACACAAACACCCGCACUGACGUCAUCAACAACAAAUGCUCUAGCAGGACCAAAUACAGCUCUGGCGCCGCACUCUGCUGCGUGCGCGGGUGUUGACAAUGCCAUGGAUAUUGUGUCCACAACGGAGCCCACAAGUACAAUGGUGGCUACACAGGCAUCAUUGGCCGCUGCCGCAAAUGCUGGAGCAGUAACACCGCAGCAGAAUAAUAUUAACAGCAGUGUCAUAGUGGAACCAUAUUGCCCUACGGCACGAUUGCGACCUAAAUCAUCGGAUUCCGCAACAUCAUCGUCAUCUUCAACCGUACAACGGGCAGCCUCGUCUGCCUCUACAGCAUCGACAAGCUCGUCCUUUACCAGUGGUUCUAACAAUGUGUUAGCUGUCAUUAAUGGGCCGGGCGGAAUAAAUGCAAACGGUGGUAAAAAACGUGAAGAUCUCACAAGUCUGGGCUCCGACGAUUCAGGAAUAAUAUGUGGAUCUGAUUCUGAUCAAAUAUCGUUGAAUCGUAUUCGACAUUCACACGAGUCAUUAGAUUCGGGAGAAAUGGACAAUGAAGAGGAAUGCAUAGACAUGCUGGAAACCAAUUCCAUGGACGAAGAAUACAAUAUGAUGCAAACGGAUUUAUGCUUCUAUCAGUCACUCGAAACAGACUGCCGAACAUUACGGCCCUCAAAGAAAAACAAGGGCAACAAAAAGCUGGAUAACAUCAAUGACAAAUUAAAUACGGAAAUCAUGCCGCCCGAUACUAAAGCCGAUGCAGAAGCGCUUAGUGAACGACAACGAUAUCGUGAUAUGAAUAUGUCGCAGGCAGCUAUGUCUUUGGAAAAGUGUAAAAUCUCUUCGGAUGCCACAGCAGAAAUUGCCAGUGACACCGUCGAUUGUCCCACACCGACUCAGACAUCUAACAGCUCCCUAAUGGCCUCCUCUAAGACACCUUCUACACCCGUAGAGUCAUCUAAAAAUGAUAUUCUGUUUAAAAAUUUCUUUGGUGCGACCAAAAACGCCAUAUUCCGCACGGCGCAGAGCAUUAUUGAGAAUCAUGAAAAGAAAAAUGCUUCAAAACAGACUCAGAAGUCUAUAGAGGACUCGGGAAGUGUAGGUUCAUCCACGCAAACAGAACACAUUAAGUCACCAACGGAUAUUUCAAAGAAAAAAGAAUUUUUCGGUCUGCUUUCCACUAACGCCAGCAAAAAAGCAGCUAUGGCUGCAGCAGCAGCUGCGGCUGCCAACACUUCGGCUAACAACUCCCCGGCAACGACACCACUAGCACAAAAUGCAUCUUGUCCUGCUGAUCAUGUCACGAAUCAAUCAAGCAACAGCGAGAAAUCAUCAAAUGAUAGGGAUUCCUUAUCUUCCGCCGAAAGCAUUGAGAAGACGUUGAGUUUACAAGUACCUAACACCGCAUCCGCCUUGUCCACCGUCGCCCCCUUCUCCACUUCCAAUUCGUCAAUAUCAAAAUCUUCUUCCAUAUCAUCCUUGAACAAGCUCAAAGUACCAGGUGUAGUUAAAUGCUUUAUCAAAGAGCGUCCUAACAAUUUACAAGAUUCGGCAAAUCAACAAAAGACUGAAAAAGGUCCCAGCGGCCUGUUGAGAUUUUUUGAAUCACCAGUUUUCAACAUUCACUUUGCCAUUCAUUAUCUCUUCUACUCGAAGGAGCCCGGUGUUCUCAGUUUCAUUGGCAACAAAAUAUUCAGUUUCCCCGACCAGGAGGUGGAUCUCUACAUUCCACAGCUGAUUGUCAUGUAUAUACAGAUGGACGAAUUGGCCGAAGUAUUGGACCCCUACCUGACAAUCAGAUGUCGGAAAUCCGUGGACUUUUCUCUAAAGUGCCUAUGGCUAUUAGAGGCCUAUAAUUAUCAACAUAACGAUUCCAUGGGUUCUCGAAAGUCUCAAUUGGCUUUAAUGAAGGAAAUCUAUUCGAAAAAGGAGCGCAAACAACUAACAAAAACCGAGACAAAAGAUCAAGGUGGCACUAGCCACAACAACGUGGUAUCACCAUUGGCAAAGAAAACGCAUCACAGGUCCCAAUCGGAUGCUACAGUUUUGCUCGCAGAUUCACGCCGUAACACCUCGAGUCUUAGUAUCGCCAAUCGCUUAUACCAGCAGCCACCAUACACCACACAAACCUUGCCUGCUACGCCCGCCAAAUUAUGCUUGGGAGAUCUGACAUCUGGCAGGGCAUUCGACAAUGGGUGUACGUGCUUUGAAACAGUCCGUGGGCAAGUAAAUGAUCUCUUGGGCCACAAAACAGUGUGUUCUUGCAACGCCCCCAAAACGGCACCACAAAAGGAAUUCAUGAAGGCUCUCAUGAAUGUUGGCAAAAACCUAACCAAUCUACCUUCAAAGGCCGAGAAGACAUCCGCCCUGCGAAUGUUCUUGAAUCUUAUAAACAAGAAUUUACCCGCUCGUGUUUGGUUACCAUUGUACUCAGACAUUCCACAUCAUGUUGUUCGUAUUACUGAGGAAAAGACUGCUGUUCUAAACUCAAAAGAUAAGACGCCCUACAUCAUCUAUGUGGAGGUGGUGGAAGUGCCUGAUAUUUACUCAUCUUCCCUUAUACCCAAAAUGAUGCCGUCACUGCGGCAUACAAAAUCAGAAGAACACCUCGAAGUAGCAGGCGGAGGUGGAUCGUGUCAACAUAACCACAGCCAGCACCUGCAGCAUGCUACAUGUAGUCGAACUUCAAGUUGUAGCAGUCACAACAGUUGUCGGCGUAAGAAGGAGAAGCCCUUGUCUGAAUCGUCUUCUACGGAUAACAAAGCCGAGGCUUUGGAACAGAAUCAGACCAGUGGCGGUGGAAUCGGUUCACUAUUGUCUCCACCCCAACUCAAUGAAGACGAUGUAUGGUCACAGGAGGACGAUGAAAUAACUGCGCAAUACUUGCAUAUGCGCAAAAUGCGUGCAAAUUCUGAAAGAGAUGCCAUAUCACAAAUGUCAUUGGACUCAUGUGAUUCACGAGACCAAGGUAUGCCCGUUCUAUUCAACAUUGGAGAUGUCCGCACCCGCCACUGUAAUAAUCUAAAUUGUGAAAACACCAAGUCUUUUAGCAACGAUCCGGAGGAUCCAUCCGCAGCCGCACUUAAGGAACCAUGGGAUGAGAAGGUGAAACAAAUACGCGAAUCGUCACCAUAUGGUCACUUGUCCAAUUGGCGCCUACUUUCGGCCAUUGUGAAAUGCGGUGACGAUCUCAGGCAAGAACUGAUGGCAACACAACUCCUGCAAAUGUUUAAAAUAAUAUGGCAGGAGGAACAUGUUGAUCUGUGGGUACGUCCAUAUAAAAUCGUUUGCCUCUCCAAUGACAGUGGCCUCAUCGAGCCAAUUCUGAAUACGGUAUCACUGCAUCAGAUAAAGAAGAACUCCAACAAAUCAUUGAGAGAUUAUUUCAUUGAUGAAUAUGGUCCAGCCGACAGUGAUGCUUUUCGAAUUGCCCAAAAGAACUUUGUUCAAAGCUGUGCGGCGUAUUGCUUGAUUUCGUAUUUGUUGCAAGUCAAAGAUAGGCACAAUGGCAAUAUUCUGUUACACUCUGACGGUCAUAUUAUUCACAUAGACUUUGGAUUUAUUCUAAGCAUAUCUCCUAAAAAUUUAGGUUUCGAACAGUCCCCUUUCAAGCUAACUCCUGAGUUUGUCGAAGUUAUGGGCGGAACAAAUACCGAACAUUGGCGGGAGUUUAACCGGCUGUUAUUAGUGGGCAUGAUGACGGCUCGCAAACAUAUGGAUCGUAUUAUCAACUUUGUAGAAAUAAUGAGAAGCAAUGCCCAACUGCCUUGCUUCAAAAAUGGUUGUUCCGGUACCGUACAGAAUCUCCGAAAACGUUUCCAUAUGAAUCUAACCGAACAAGAAAUGGAACGCAAAGUUGAGCAAUUAGUGCAAGAUUCACUAAAAAGUCUCUCGACGAAGUUAUACGAUGGGUACCAAUACUAUACGAAUGGCAUAUUGUGAGAAAGGUUUUUUAUGAAAAUCUAAAUGACC